AUGGUCCUCUACCGCCUCGCGUCCGACGACGACGGCGGCUCUCUUGCACCUCCGAAGGCGUUCGCGAAUAACCGGGACUCCGUCGUCUCUUCAUCGGGCGACUCUGUCUUCUCGCUCUCGUCCGACUCGCGGUUCCCGACAGGGCAAACAACACUCGGGCGAGGCUUCGUACCGUACGCGUACGACCCCGAUGUCGAGAAGGACUUCCCCGACGACGACGACGACCUCCUCCACACGCCAGAAUUCGGCCGUGACAAGCAUUCAUACUGGUCCUGGCGAGGGAUAUUAAAUAUCGGGGUCAUUAUAUUGCUUCUCCUCGCUCUGUUGACGCUUUUCAUCUGCUAUCCGCUUGUCGACUUUUACCGUAACGAAGCACGGAAUCUGGCCAUUACGGCAAAUACCCACAUCAACUCGACCGGACAAGUGCCGAAAACAGUAGCAGAGUUUGCGAUGCCACAACUCAUCGACCCCGACACGCCCGACUCAGCCAAGACGCGUACCGGUUUCGACAACCAGGCUUACGAGCUCGUCUUCUCGGACGAGUUCAAUGUGGACGGACGGACGUUCUACCCAGGGGACGAUCCCUUUUGGGAAGCGGCCGAUCUCUGGUACGGCUCGACGGGGGAUCAAGAAUGGUACGACCCGAAGCAGGUGUACACCCAGAACGGCGCUCUACAGAUCGUCAUGGACUCUGUGACGGACGAAACCAUCAACCAUGGGCUGCCGUACCGGAGCGGUAUGCUGCAGAGCUGGAACAAGUUUUGCUUCACCAGCGGGUACAUCGAGGUCUCGGUCACGCUCCCGGGGCCAGAUUCGAACGCCAAGGGUUACUGGCCUGGUGCGUGGACGAUGGGUAACCUUGGCCGGCCAGGAUACAGGGCAACGACGGAUGGGACGUGGCCGUACUCGUAUGAUGCGUGCGACGUUGGCACGUUCCCCAAUCAGACCUAUGCCAAUCAUUCCGGGCCUGCAGCAGCGCUCGACUCGGAAGCUUCGAAGGAGAAGUACAACUUCGAGCUUUCGUGGCUACCAGGACAGCGUCUCUCUGCGUGCACGUGCUCCGGAGAGGACCACCCUGGCCCAAGCACGUCCAAGGGUCGGGGCGUGCCCGAGAUUGAUAUCCUCGAGGUCGAGCGGAACAAGACGGCGGGGUCUACUGGCCAAGUUGUGUCACAGUCGGCGCAAUUUGCGCCGUUUACGCAUGACUACACCUACGGAAACGAUACCGAGAAUGAGUGGUGGAUCUACGACCCAUCUAUCACUCGCCCUAACGACUACAAGGGCUCUGCGAUCCAGCAGGCAGUGUCGGCGUUGACGAACCUGCCCGAUGACAUGUUCCAGGGCUCGGGCGCGAACUUCAAGACGCUCGGGUUCGAGUACUGGGCGAAUCCCAACAAGCGCGACGAGGGCUUCAUUACUUGGCAGUCCAACGGCCAGUCCACCGUCCGCAUGGGCGCGUCCGCGAUGGCACCCGAUCCGGACACCGAAGUAUCGCAGCGGCUUGUUCCGGAGGAACCCAUGUCCAUCAUCUUGAACUUGGGUAUCUCCUCUAACUGGCAACCCAUCGACUUGACUACAAUGGUCUUCCCUGCGAUAAUGCAGGUCGAUUACGUGCGCGUGUAUCAGAGGAAAGGGCAGACGAACAUCGGCUGCGAUCCUCCGGAUUACCCCACGAAGGACUACAUCGCCAACCACCUUGAAGCCUAUUCCAAUCCCAACCUGACGUUCUGGUCACAACCACAACCCGUUGGUGCAGGGUACUCAUGGCCCAAAAACUCCGCGGUAUGUCACUCUAUUGAUCAUUUUACAGACUUUGAGCGCUGA